GAAGAACGUCAGAGUAUGACUUCCACGAUACUGCAUCCCAUGGCUUGGACCAACGAGAGACUGUGCCUGAGCGAGAACACGGGAUUAAAGAAGGCACUCCUCAAGAUGAUCGUCGUGGAGAACGGCAACUCGGCCAAGAGUAAUAACAUCAACGGUGACUUCCUUACAAAUCGCAAUUUGCCGACACAUGACAACAUGUCACUGCUCAAAUUCUUCGCAAUUAACGCCCUGGAAUUGAGCGCUCCUGCUUCGCCUGUCCUCUUGCAGCAGAGCAACACUGCCAAUGUUGUGCCGCCAGGAUGGCUCCAGUUGUCCGGUCAUCCCGAGAGCAUCGCCCCAACGGCGAACGGUGUCGUGCGCAAGCGCGUGACCGGACCCACAGACGGCGAAAUCGUGGCUUACAAAGCCCUGUCCACUGAUCCCUGCGCCUCCAAGAUCGUGCCCAAGUACAUCGGCUACCGGGAAAUCGGCGGCGAGUCGCACAUCGAGCUGCAGGACUUGUUGCACGGCUUCAAGGAGCCCAACGUGAUGGACAUCAAGAUGGGCUGCCGAACAUUCCUGGAGUCCGAGGUGACCAACACCACGCUGCGGCCGGAUCUGUACAAGAAGAUGAUCCUCGUGGAUCCCGAGGCGCCCACCGAGGAGGAACACAAGGCGCAAGCCGUGACGAAGCUGCGCUACAUGCUGUUUCGCGAGCAGAUGUCCAGCAGCCAGACGAAGGGCUUCCGCAUCGAGGCGAUGAAGAUCAAGGGCUCCACACCCAUCACGGAUCUGAAGACGGUCAAGAGUGACACGGACGUGCGUCAGCUGGUGGGAAAUUUCCUGCAGAAGCGACGCGGCGUGACGAAGGAGCUGAUCAAGAGACUGAAGCAGAUGCGAUCGCUGAUCGAGAAGAGCGAAUACUUCAAGAGUCACGAGGUGGUCGGCAGCAGUGUCUUCAUCGUGUACGAUGAUCACCAUGUGGGCGCCUGGAUGAUUGACUUCGCGAAGAACAAGGUGCUGCCCGAGGGCGUCAGCGUGGACCACCGGAAGCCCUGGAUCCCCGGAAAUUGCGAGGAGGGCCUAUUGCACGGCAUGGAUGAGCUCAUCAGGGUGUGCGAAGGGAUCUACGAGGAUUCCAAGUAGACU